GUAACACCAUGCGUCUGCCUCAAGGACUCGCCACCUCCAUUCGUCUCUGGAAUCGGGGGGUCUUCCAGAGGUCCGUCAAUCAGAGUUGUCUACCUCGAUCAGGCGGCCUGCCUCCUCCGGGAUCGUUGCCUGAGGCCAAAGCUCUCUCAACUUUACCAAUUGCAUUCCCAGCCGACAUAUUCCUCUCACCCUCCUCGGAUCCCGAGGGCGUGAGAAUAUCUCUCCUUCUUCUUCUUCUUCUUCUUCAAGUGCUUUCUGCAGUGGGUGGAAUCCCGGUAUCAGUGCCAACACUUUGUCAAGGUACUCAUCUUGCUUAUAACUGUUAUAAAUACUCAGAUCUUGAUCCAAGUCCAAUCUGAAUUCAAUUCUAUAUAUUAUAAUCGGAAAUGAUAAAUCAUUAUAAACAGUAUUGCAACGAUUUGUGUUAAUCUUUUCCUUAGUCAAUGUUUAUGAAUUUCAUAGAAUGGGUGAGCUGGAAUAUUCAUGGAUAAUCUAAUCUUCGGAACUAAUUAAUUAU